CAUUAUUUAAGGCCGCCAUCUUUUUGCUUUGACUUUUUCUUUAAGGAAGUUCACUAAUCAUUAUUUUCUGGAUUAAAAUCAAACAAGUCGAGGAUGUUCAUACCCAAGGUCAAUCGUGUUGCUGUCUACGAGUACCUCUUCAAGGAGGGCGUGAUCGUGGCCAAGAAGGACCCUCGGGUGCAGAAGCAUCCUGAUCUGCAGUCCGUUCCCAAUUUGCAAGUCAUUAAGAUAAUGCGGUCACUGCACUCGCGAGGAUUGGUCAGGGAGGAGUUCGCCUGGCGGCACUUCUACUGGUGCCUCACCAACGAGGGAAUCGAGGAGCUGCGCAGCUACCUGCACCUGCCCUCCGAAAUAGUGCCCUCCACUUUGGCACGGACUGCUCAUUGCGAGACGGUUCGUCCUCGUCCUGAUGCUGGAAGAUCCCGGGGCUUCGGUGGACCGUCCAAGACCGACGAGGACCGCGCGGCUUACAGGCGUACCACUGGCGACGGAGGGCCUGACAAGCGAGGCGAUGUGGGACCCGGAGCACGCGAUCCCCAGUUCCGCGGAGGCUUCGGCCGCGGAUCCCGCUAUUAAGCCAUUUCUUGGUAACAAGAUGUAAAUGUAUUAAUCAGACAAUAAAACCAUGCUCGAAAGGA